AUGUCUUCCACGGGUGUGGCUCUGACCCCAGGUGGGGUGCAUCGCAUGAAAGCAGGAACAAGCCCUGCCAGUGCCGAGAGGGAGGCGGCUGUGAGACUGCAAAGAGCGAUCCGGAAAAUCCGAAAGAUCCGACAUGGCGCAGCAGCCAAGGCUGCGAUGAGCCCAGGAGAGAUCUUCUCAAUGACAAUGCCGAUGAGGAGGGUGGAUUUCGGCCUCUACGAGUUUCCAGCCUUUGCGCUUUUGUCUUCCAGAGUUGUCCUGGUUUCCUCGGUGAAAAAGUCUUCCUUGGCCGCUUACUUCGGUCUGCAGUGGGGUGACAUGCUGAUGCAACUGCAAGACCGCAGUGCAGACGAUUGGACCUGGCGAGAUCUUCGUGCCUUGCAACUGAGAAAAACCACCGAGACGACAGAUAUGGAUACGACCUGUGCCCUGCGAAGCUCCGGCGCGACCGGCGGCGCGGAGCGAGCUCGCUGGAGCUUCGCCAAAGGCAGCCGCGAGGAUCGCGAAGAGAUGGCGGCAGUACGGCUGCAGAGCCUUUGGCGCGGCCAUCGCGUACGAAGCUGCCAUGGCCAUCGGCCUCCGAUCGUAGCAGAAGCUGCGCCAGUGGAAGAUGAGAUUCAGCCCUUGCUGGUGAUUUCAACCGCUGAGCUUCAGCAUCUCUGUCUUCAGGAGCUGCCAGCAUUCUCGCAUUGGCUCUCGCGGCUCUAUGUUGUUUAUCAGGUGGGACCACGCAGUGAUGGCAGUGAGCAGCUUUUGGUGCUUUCUGACGGUGCCAUCAGGACCAAUUUAGAUCAAUUUAGAUCAAUUUGGGAUACCCUCUGGUAAACAAACGUAGCUAUUGAAAAUGGC